ACACAGUCACCUAUCACAGCUGCUGAGCUAUAUAACAGGACAUUUUCUGCUCUAAACAAAUCCCGGACAGCAUUCUACAAUACUUGGAUCUAGAUACCAGAUCACCAACAUAGGAUAUAUAGCUGCUAUUCUGAAAAUGCUGAUCCAAGAAUAUUUUUGAUUAUUGGAAAACUUUAAAAGCCAGUCUAAAGGACAUUUAACAGUGUCACCAAUCAGGGAUCAAUCAAGCAUUGGUGGCCCUGUGGGAAAACUUAUAUCUUUAAUUUUCAGUGUGGAUUAUAUUGUGUAAAAAACAAUUCAGUCAGUGUGUAGACGUGGAGAAGCUUUGUGUCAUCAACACUGUAUCAUUCCGUACUGGAAUCAUCAGAGUGGUUAUUCAGUCUUUUUUGGAUGCACAGCUCCAGAUGACUUGAAUUUGAUAUCGAAAACCUUAGAGCUGGUGUCGUAACAAGUUGUUCAGAGAUUUAUAUAUAUUGUGCCUGCCAACUCUACCAGCUCAAUGAUUGUAAGUUCUGUAGGAGAAACGUCAAUAGUGGCUCAAGAACGCAGUAACAGUGGGAGUGGGGUGGACAAGGUGAGGAUGGGACGUAAAAAAAUACAGAUAUCCCGCAUUGGCGAUGAACGCAACCGGCAGGUGACAUUUACAAAGCGCAAGUUCGGCCUGAUGAAGAAAGCCUAUGAGUUGAGUGUUUUGUGUGACUGUGAAAUUGCUCUCAUCAUAUUCAACAGUGCCAACAAGUUGUUUCAGUAUGCCAGUACUGAUAUGGACAAAGUCCUCCUUAAGUACACGGAGUACAACGAACCACACGAAAGUCGCACAAACAAAGACAUCAUCGAGUCAUUAAACAAAAAGGACCACAAAGGUUGCGAAAGUCCAGAACCUGACACAGACCCAUACAGCCACCCACUGACCCCGGAGGAGAAGUACAGUCGUAUGAAUGAGGAAUACCAAAGAGUCAUGCACCAGAAUUCAAUGAGGCACGGAAUGUCACCGUACCCUAACCCAGGCAUGCCUCCUGGUGUCACAUCCGGGAUGCCUAUACACAAUCCCACCUACAUGAGUCCGUCGCCUAUACCUCAGGGCCACGGGAUGUCUCCCAACCCGAAUGGAAACCCUAACCUGCUCCACCCACCUGUGGUCCACCCUAGUGGCAGCCCUAGACCAAACUCAACAGGGGGAAUGGUUGAUAUGUCGGUGAGUUCCCCAGCUAACGGCUACCACCAUCACAACUCUCCCUGCCCCUCCCCUGGGGCAAUGGGAAACAAAGGCAUGUCUCGACAGUCACCCCCUUCACGAGGACCACACAGUGUACGACCCAUGAUCCACAGUAACCGAAACGACAUGAUGAGCCCAGACCCACAAGCCAGACCUACGAACGCCUCCAUGCACACGCCCGCCGUAUCCCUGACAACACCCAGUAUUCAAGGUUCUAACUAUCCGUCCCCACUCCCUACCACGUACCACUCGAAUGAUUAUCCUUUAAACAAUUCCGACAUGAGUGUUCCAAUGUCCAACUAUUCACAUCUACAUUGGAGUGGACAAGGGUCACUUUGUUCAGGGAUACCUCCCGGGGGCCUACAAGUACCGCCAGGGUCGAACAACCCUGGCGGUGGACACCUCUCUCCUCUGGCUAUCAACACCAUUAAUCACAACAUGCCGAUGCACAUCAAGAGUGAGCCAAUAUCGCCGCCGCGUGACUCAACAACACCAUCAAAUCUCCAUUCACUGCGACCUCCUUCAUCAGGUCAAGGUCAUCUAUCACCUGUACACAUGAAUCACACGCAUAGUAACAAUUCAUCUCCUAACACAAACUCACAGCCUCUGGAAUAUGAUGGACCUUUAUUAAAGCGGACUCGUGUAGACCAUGGAUGGACAACUUGAGACCCGUGUCAAAUAUAGGGGUCAAAUAUGUCUCUCGUUUGUAAUAUAUAUCUAUAAAUAAACUUGUAUGUGAGAGUGACAAUGGGUGCCAAGAUUGCUGCAUCUCGUGAUGUAUAAACAGUGUGAGAUUGCCAGAUUCUUGAAGUCUGCAGGGCGUUUGUCAUGUAUAUAAAAGUAUAUAAUAUAGAAAGAUUGCUGGGUAAGACCCAGAGUACAUACCUGGAUACUCGACCUUGUCCUGACCUUGAUUUGACCUUGGCCUUUACCAUGUGGAAGAAAGAGAUUUGGACCCCUUUGCUACAUAUAUUUUUUUGUGUUACCAUGGUUACAUUUUUAAGUGCAUGUGCCUUCAUCCUGGUGUAUUUCAUUGUAUAUAGUAACCAUGUCUGUCGACAAUGUUCCCUUCACUUAUCACCAGCCAUAAGUUUUGGUAUCUAGAUCAGCUUUAUAAUUCAUUUUGUGGAGGAAAAAAGACAAUUAGAAAGAUAAUGCCAUAUCUACAGUUAUAAAAUAUGAAUGGACCAACACGGUUCUAUGUCACUACCGCCAUAAUGGUUGUAUAUGUUAUGUUAGUGAGGGGAGAUAACUUUGUAAUAGAUGUGUUGUAGGUAUUCGUGUUAAUGACAUGUGUAGUCACUAUGACCUUAAAAUCUAUCCCAUAAUGCAUAUGCAUGGUUGAAUAAUGUUCCUUCAAAAUUUUUAAAACAGUUAUUGUUUAAAUAUUGAAUGAAGAUGUUUUUAAUGUGAAAAUUAAGAUUUAAACAUUUGUGUAGGAUAAUAUAUGUACAUCUAUGAAGCCGUUAUUGUGAUGGUUCGGCCUGAUGAGAUUGGCUGGCUAUCAUCGAUUUUACAUGUAAAUAUGAUGGAUAUGUCUCUUGAGCUGUUUAAUAGUGCUUCUAUAAAAUAAACAGAUAUUUCCUAAACACAGUGCUAUUUGAAAGUGCAUGCUGCCAAAAGUAAAAUCUGCAUUAAUCAAAUGUUAUGAAAUAUAUGAGAAAUGUUUUGUUGCCUAUUUUUGUAUGGAAAUUGAAAGAUGUUAAUGAGACAAUCCAUUGAGAGGUGUUUCAUCAAUUCUGUGAUGGCAGUUGUCCUGUGAUGUUGUGGCCCCCUGCACAUUAUAGUUGGUGGUGUCAGGAAGGUGUUGUAUUGAUAUUGUGUUAUAUGGCAAUACCUCACACAAUUUGGCCCUGACAUUAUCCUCAAAUAUUUCCUCAAUUAUACCAUGUAAGUAAGGUGGAAGUUACCUGUUUACAUCUGACAAUUGACCAGAGUAUUAUAUCUUACUGGCAAUACCAUUCAAUCAACAAAUCUAUAAGUAUGAUGAAAUCAUGUUCUUACAAUUCAGGUAAAUCGUGAUUAAUUUAUGAUUUUUUUUUAAAAUGUUUAAUCUUGAUUUUUUUUACAUGAUUAUUCUUUACCACAGACUUAAUUUGGGUUGGGGGUAUUGUUUGUUUGUUUACUGUUUAUAGUUUACCUUAACAGGUAAAAUUUUUCAUUAGUUUAUUGUUCUGGAGUGUAUUUGCAAUUCUAAAAGUUUGUGAUGUGAAUACUGCAGGUUAUGAGUGACUACAUACUUAAAUAUUUAUAAUUUUACUGAGUACACCAUGUCAAGGGUAAACUAUCAUAGUCAGGUAGUUAUUUGUACUGUUAUGUGUGUUGUGGUACUGGUUAUGUUUCAUGGUACUUUGUCUUUGGUGUGGUGCCUCUUUGGUGAAGUGCUUUCCAUUCGUAACAUGUGGCAUUAUUGAUGUGGUGCCUCAGUAGUGAUUUGGUUCCUUUUAUAAAUGUGGGAUCUCACUGAGAUGUUGUUCUGAUCAGAAAUGUGGUGCCUCAGUGGUGAUGUGGUUGCCAUCAGUAAUGUGGUGCCUCAGUGGUGAUGUGGUUCCUAUCAGUAAUGUGGUGCCUCAGUGGUGAUGUGGUUCCCACUAGUAUGUGGUGCCUCAGUGAUUCCUAUCAGUAAUAAGGUGCCUCAGAGGUGAUGUGGUUCCCACUAGUUUGUGGUGCCUCAGUGGUGAUGUGGUUCCCAAUAGUCUGUGAUGCCUCAGUGGUGAUUUGGUUUCUAUCAGUCAAGUGGUGCCUCAGUGGUGAUGUGGUUCCUGUCAGUAAUGUGGUGCUUCAUUGGUGAUGUGGUUCCUGUCAGUAAUGUUGUACCUCAGUGGUGAUGUGGUUCCCGCUAACAUGUGGUGCCUCAGUGGUGCUGUGGUUUCCGCUAACAUGUGGUGCCUCUGUCGUGAUGUAGUUACCACUAGUAUAUGGUGCAUCAUUUGUGAUGUGGUUCCUGUCAGUAAUGUUGUGCCUCAGAGGUGAUGUGGUUCCCACUAGUAUGUGGUGCCUCAGUGGUGAUGUGGUUCCCACUAGUAUGUGGUGCCUCAGUGGUUCCUAUCAGUAAUGUGGUGCCUCUUUGGUGAUGUGGUUCCCUUGACAUCUCUUAAAGCCCUCAUCUAAACAUAAACCUGUAUAUAUUACAUUGUUAUACACUUUUAUAUUGCAGGAUCAAAAUAUUUCUCACAAGUGCCUGCUAAAAAAAAUAAGAAGUGCUACUAAAUCUGUUCGAUUAUAUUACACCCACCAGAAGUCAAUAGUGUCAACAUAUCAAUGGGUCAUGGUCGCCAUGGGGACAGAGAAACCCUGAAGCUUCCAAAGUAGACAUUUCAUCAUCAUACAAAUUUUUUAAGAGACCUAUCACCUCAAUGUCAAAAGGAUGUUAAAUUACAAGGUCAGUCCCAUUUAAAUUGAGUGUCAUAAUCUUGGAUAAAUAUUUGGAUAUUAAAAGAUUUGCAAUUUGGUAAGUACAAGUGUACCAAAGUUCAUAAAAUAAAUAUAAGUAUUUGGGUUUGUUACAGUAAUGAGGGAUGGGGGCUUAGAAUACUAAUAUAGGCCUCAGGUAUCAUAGCCAAUUGUCUUAAUCAAAAUCUAUUUAUAUUAAACAAACAAAUAUCAAUAUAAUUUUGUAUGUACACACAACAACUGUAGGCUUAUUCAUGUGGAGUGUAGAUUGGCUAGUCAUUUCACAUGUGUACAUGUAUGUAUGUAUGUGUAAUUGUGGACAGCAUCUUCAUACAUAUAUUACUAUCAAAAACUAGAUCAUCAUGUUUUCUCAAAACAAAUGCAGAAAUUAUGCUUUGUGCCAAAUGUAUAAAUUUUGAAGAGAUCCUCGAAUAUCAGUUUAUAAUUAGAGAAAAGUAUUCCUAGCUCAUAUCAUCAAGCUUUAUGUAUACCCCGUGUCAUAAAAGUCCUCACAAGACAGGCUAUCCUCAUUUCUCAAAAAUACUCCAGCUGUACACUAGCCACGAUUCUGACAUUGACCACCCUCCACAAAUACCCAUAUAUUAUCCAUUAGUUUGACCUUAACUGCUCACUCAUCCAUAAGUUUGACCUUGACCUCUAGGUCACCACCAAUAUCAUAAACCUUCACCAUAAUCUGACCUGAUCCAUUCCUCACAAACUACCAUUACCCAAAUCCUAUAGUCACAAUCCUGACUUCCCUCCCUCACUUACAGCAUAUAUCCCCACCCAGGUCUGACCUUUACCCCUCACUCUGCAUGCCCAAUGGGCUACACAAUAGCCAUUAGUUUGACUUGAACACAAAUGCCCUGUACUAUAGAGCCACCAGCCUGGCAUGCAGCAAUGUACUGUAUAUUAUUUUGGUCAACCCCAUGAUAAAUGUAUGCACUAAAUACAAAAAGAAUACCCAACUCACAAGUGAACUUUUGAUUUAAAAAUAUUAUAGGAAAGGUUAAAGGCCAAGGUUAACAUGUAUUUGACAUUUUAAGGUCAACAGAGACACUUUCGUUUGUUAUUGUGAAUUGUCAAUCACCUUUUCACUGCGUUGGUUAACUUAAUUUCCCACAAACAACAACUGCAUAUUUUAAAAAAAAAGUAAUGAAAAUAAAUAACUAAUAUUUUACAGAAAUGUGUAUACAAAGUUUUUUUUGUUUUUGAAAUUUGUCAUUUGGGAGCAGUAGUGAUAAAUGUCCCUUUAACUAUUUUUGUUGACUGUACAUGGAGUGUUUGUACCACGGUGGGAAACAACAGUGACCCUUCCAGUACCUGGCCUCUGUUAACAAAGUCACACCUCCAGGGUUUACAUGGUCAACCACAUGGUCAUAAAUGUUCUAUAGGAUGGAUCGCAUUACACUCCUCCUCUGUGGUGGUGCCCCUCGUAAGAAUAAAGAGUAGCGGAACUGGUCUGGGCUGAACACCGAUGGCUAGGCAACUCAUAUGAUUAGAGCAUCUGUCUAGAGUUUGGAGGUCCUGGGUUCGAGUCCCAGUCUACUCACUACAUUUUUCCUCUUUCGUUACAAUAGUGCAGACUUGUAUACAAUAUGAAAUAGCAGAUAUUCCAAACAGAACUUUCAGGUGAAUAUUCUACCAAUGAAACUGUAGUAGGCCAUUUUAUAAAACAAUCAUCAAUAAGGUGUGAAUAAAUGCCUUGUGCAUCAUACCAAUUCCCCACAUGUUCACUGUUUCAGCUCCCUUUUAAUGGUAAUUCUUAUCACAUCUCCACAUACUUAAAUUCCUUAAAUAUUGUUCCUUUGACUGGUACGACUACCUUCGAUAUUGUACCGGUGCCCCCACAUUCAUGUAUUAAACUGAUUAAUAUUUAGCAUAUCGUAUGAGUACUUCGCAUAUCGUACCACUACUACCCUGCAAAUCCAGUGCCAUUGUAGAUGUAAUAUUUAUGUGUGUACAGAUGGCUGUAUUUACCUUGACUAUUGGGUACAUGUAUAUCUUGAUCAUCUCAUUACACGAAUACAGAAAUACAUCCAUGUUGUUGAUUGUACACUGUAUCACUAGAAUGUGGCACUAUAAGGUGAUAUAGUGACUUAUAGUUCUUUGCAAGUUGUAAUAUAUUUGUGCUUGAUACUUAAUUUAUUGUAGGUCAAUUCAUUUCAUGCAGGAAAUAUAUUUUUCUGCAUAUUGUUUGGUAACUCAAAAGAAGUUAGGUAUCAUUUUUAUGUGAUCAUGUUGACAGGAGUGGCUCCUACACAUGUAUAAAUGAGUGAGGAGCUCUCUCCAGUUUGUUCUACAUAGUAUAGAUUUUUGAGGAGUUAGCUCCCCUACUUAUCUACACAUUGACAAGAGUUAUCUACCUUUGAGAGUUAGCUCCACUAUGUUGACAAUGUAACAGUCAAAUAUUGAAAACAAUUGUAUGUGUAAUGUGUGACAUAAGCUGGACUUAUGUUUGUUUUUCUUCAUUUUUACAUAUUAUUUUGCUAUUAAAUAUAUGUUAGUUUUGUGGUUUAGUACUUUAAGUUGUUGUUAGCUAGGACUCACUUUCAGCUGAAAAUUUCAGUUUUCUCAAGAAAUGUUCAUUGGAAUAUCAAUGAAGUGUUCAUUAGAUACAUGCCUUAAUUAUCACACUGGGGUUAGAGUUGGUAAUAACAGAAAUAUCUGAUUGAUAAAAUUUCAGAUUGAUAAUUCAGUAACAAGUAAUGUUUGCAAAGGGGACUACUUCAAGUAUAACUCUGCAUGUGCCAUACUCCUAUGUUAUACAGGGUCGCUUUAAUUCAAAAUUUUUAAAGUUUUGAUUGAUCUGUUCAGGGAUUAGAUGAUUUUGAAAUGUGAUGUUACAGAACCAUCAAAUGGUCGCACAAGAUAUUUCCAACAAAUCAUUCUUGUUUUUACUAUACCCUUUAAAACUGAUGAUUUUCAAAUCAAAUUAAGAAUUACACAGAAAAAAGAGCAUUAUCAGCUCAUUCUUUUCAACUCUUGCGACACCAGUUAUCAACGUAAAAUCUAUAUUUCCAUCAAGUUAUAUUACUUGUUUCUUAGUGGAACUCUUUUAGAGUGGAGGUUUUAUUAGAGUUAAAUAGCAUAGAUCCUUAAAUAAGUUUGGUCAGACUGACAUACAGGUGAGAUUUGAUGAUGUUGUAUACCACAUUCAUAUCUUGAUUGAUCGGUUUUCAGAGUGUUUGAUUUUAGAGAUUUCACUGGGCUGUGUUAUAUUAUUGUUGGUAAAUAAGUCUAAGUUUGUUAUUUGAUACAGUCUAGUAUUUGUCAGGGUUUUUUCUUAGGUCUUAAUCAUUUUAUUGCAUAAAAAUGAUAUUUUUAUAUGCAGGCUAAAAUUGUUUGCCUCUACGACAAGUUUUUCAAAAAAGUGUUUUUGUUCAGAUGAUCAGGGUUAAAGUUUUAACUUCAACAAAGUUUUAAAAUUGUUAAGUUUUUAUUGUAAAUUUCUUUAAAUGGAAUUGUUUCGGAUGUUAAAUUUGAAGAGUAUACAUGUAUUUAAUGUUGGUUAUCAUAUGGGAUAGAUCAUAGAAUGAUUUUUGUUUCAAAAUUUUGGUUUUAAACAAUGAGACUAUUUUUUCGUGUAAUACUGUGACUGAAUGCUGACUAAACUGCUUAUAAUUUGACAUUGUGUGUCUACAGUGGUAUAGUAAGUGAUUGAAAGGAUGUUCUAUAUAUAGAUAACAAAUUAGCAUAAUCAAUUGGUAUUUUUAUUAAGGCUAUAUCUACAUUGUAUAAAAAUGUCACUUUGUAUUCUGGGAUAAAAAGAAAUCAAAUGUUUGAGUAUGUAUAAUUAUACAUAUGCUGGAUCACAUGGUUUGUAUAUGAUUUUUUUUGUAAAGGAUUAUUUGAAGGGUAGCACUUCCCCUGUUAGUGUGAGUUCAUCAACGACUAUUCACACACUGUGUUGUGUCCGAUGCCUUAGAUACUGCACAGACACUUUGGGACGGUAACUGACACAAAGCUGUUCUGCCUUACCCUUGUACCACCGUCUCUGUAGGUCAUCAUUUUGUCUGUGGCCAUUAGAUAACUAUUUUUAUGGAUCAACAUAUUGCUGUGUGUUGUACCUGUUUUUAUUGCAAAAUAUCCUGGUCAUUAAAUUGUUGUAACACAA